GCUUCAUGUCAUCUGCGAGUUCCAACCGGAACAGCCUAGAAAAUUUGGAGGAGCGGAGGCAGCAAGCAGCCCCGCAAGCAGCCCUGCAGCUGCCUCCGCGGACCCCGAGGAGGCUGCAGCUGCUCCUGCGGCAGUGCUGCCUCCAGCAAAAUCCCCACCUCCCCCGCAGCCGAAAGCAUCGCCACCCAAAGCCACGGCGGCUGCUUCUUCACCUACGGCGCUGCCCAAAGCUGUGGCAGCUCCGGUCCCUGCAAGCAUGGCUGCGCCAGGUGCAUCUCUCCCUGUUGCCGUUACUGUGGCAAAGUCUGCAGUGUGCCCUCCUGCUGCGCUCAGCGCACCUCCCACUCCGCAGCCAGUUUUAGCUGCGGCCGAUGCAUCCCCCGCACCAGCGCCUGCACUUGCUGCAGUAAGCGCAUCUCCUACACCAGAGCCCACCAGCCCUCCUGCAAGCUCGCCCGCACCGCCAGCACCUAUGCCCCCGGCAGCAAGUGCAUCUGCUGCACCUCUGCCUGCAAGCACACCUGCAGUGCCAGCGCCAGUUAUAGCCGCGGUGAGCACAUCCCCCACAUCGCCUACAACGCCAACUCCAUCACAACCUUCCGACCCCCCUGCAAAGGAUCGUGCCGCCGCACCAGCGCCCACCAUAGCCCCAGCUGCGGGCGGCGUAGCCAAGGACGUGGUGGCGCAGGCUCCUGCGUCUGGCCAGCCGCUCCCAGAG